GCUAAGCCGGAAGUUGUGUUUCCGGCUACUGUUACUGGUAACGUUACGCCAAGACAGCUAGUGUCGAGCCAUUCAUCUAACUGCUUCAUCACUGGCUGCCUCUGUCUUUUCGGGGUCCAUUACCAGUUUUAGUUGUAGUGCGACAGUUAAAUAGAAAAAUGGCUCUGCUAACGCCAUUAUUUGCUUUCCUGUACCACCUGCCGCAGGUGUACAAGUGGCUGCUGAAGCCCUACUAUGUAGCCUCUCUCUUCAUGUCUAUUGCCUUUCUAGCUAUCCGCAAGACCCCUGGCAUCUGCGACCAUCUGGCUACACAGCGAGAGGACGGCAACUCCUGCGACUUCGACUGGAGGGAGGUAGAGAUCCUCAUGUUCCUCAGCGCCAUCGUCAUGAUGAAGAACAGACGAGCAAUAACGGUGGAGCAGCAUUUGGGCAACAUCAUCUUGUUCAGCAAAGUGGCCAAUGUCAUCCUGUUCUUCAGACUGGACAUCAGGAUGGGACUGCUGUACCUGACACUCUGCAUAGUGUUUCUGAUGAUCUGCAAGCCUCCUCUUUACAUGGGACCAGAGUACAUCAAAUACUUCAGCGACAAAACCAUUGAUGAUGAGCUGGACAAAGACAGUCGUGUGACGUGGAUUGUUGAAUUUUUCGCCAACUGGUCUCCAGAGUGCCAGUCCUUUGCUUCCGUCUAUGCUGAUCUUUCUCUCAAGUAUAACUGUUCUGGUCUCAAGUUUGGCAAAGUGGACAUCGGACGUUAUGGAGAAGUUUCCAAAAAGUACAAGGUGUCUACAUCUCCGCUGUCCAAGCAGCUUCCGUCCUUGGUGUUGUUUCAGGGAGGGAAGGAGGUGAUGCGGCGCCCCCAGGUGGACAAGAAGGGUAGAGCUGUAUCCUGGAGCUUCACUGAGGAGAACAUCAUCCGAGAGUUCAACCUGAACGAACUCUACCAGAAAUCCAAGAAGCUCAACAAGACCAAAGAAGACAAGGUCAGCGAAUCCCAGUUCCCACCUGUCCCCGAGGAGGACGAGCCUGAGCAGCACGGAGCCCACGCAGAGGUGGCGGACUCUGAAUCCAAGAAGGACAAAUAAGACGGCUCGUUUCACUCAGCUUCCAACCCUGGAUGAAAUGUGUGGGUCCAGGUCAGCUCCUCCUCCUCCUCCGCCUGCUCUCUCAUCUUCAAAGUGAAUCAGAACAGGGCUGGCGUCGCUGCGGAUCAUCAUGAGAUUUUAAAAUCGCCACAGUACUUCUGCCUCCAUUCAGCACCAUUUAACCCUAACCCCAGUUAAACCCAAGAAUUCAACACCGGUGCAUCUACAGUGACCUCAGUCUGUUUUCCCUCUAUGAAAGAGCAAAGAGAACAAGUGUAUGCUUUUAGCAGAGGAGCAAACUGGGACACAGUAAAGCAGCUUUUUUUUUGGGUGGGGGUGGGGGGUUGUAAUGCUCAAACCUGGCCCAGUAUAAUGCUGCAAGGCCUGGAAAUGUGCUGUGCAGACCUGCCACGUGCACUGGGUUACGAAGUCUACACCACACAUUUCUGAUGGUUAAAGCUGUGAAGUCUGAGUGGCUGCUAAUUUAGGAUGUUCUUAAUAAUUAACAGUAAGGGAUCAGUGAAUGUGAUGCUUUUUUUUUUUUUUUUUAAUGCAACUAAUUGAAUUAGAUAAACGUAGAUUUUUUUUAAAUCAGAAUAAGUGUAUAUUUAUGUAAACUAAGUUAUAACUCAGUGGUACACACAAAGUCGUUAAACUGUUUUUUGGUUUGUAAUGAGAUCUACAUCAUAACCUCAUGACUAAUAGUUCAUACUACAGCUUCCCUAUUUCAUCCCUAACAGACCAAACUACACUCCGUCAUUCCAUCCAUUUCAUGUUAAUGUAUUGUUGUGGAUUCCAACUCCCUUUUAGUUUGUUGUUUGUUUGGUAUGCAGUGUAUGUGCCUCUCCGAGAGACCAACAGUCAUUAAUGCCGUGGCUAACUUGUGAGACAUUUUCUGGUUUGAAAAAAAAAACCCUUUUCAGGUUUUCUACCAAAUGGGUUGCACUUUUAUCUUUCACUAUUUCUACGUUGCCGACAAGUAAACCAGUAUUGUUGUUUUUAGAAGCAAGCAGUGCUCAAGCCUUGGCGUCCACUGGCACUCACUGUUUUAUAGCUUCUCAACCCCCCAGUUGCAGAUUGUUAUUAAUCGGAUGUCAUGACCUCAGACUGCAUGUUGAACGACAACUGAUCUGCCAAAUAUUUGGCACGAUAGUAAAAUUAGUAAGGGGUGGCGAAUCAAAAUGUGUCUUGCUCGUUAUUUUCACAGUUUUAGAUAGAAAUAUUAUAAAUGAUUUGAUCUCCCGUAGCUGCAUUCACUAAUGGCAACGUCUACUGUAACUUUAGACCCAGGAGGUUUCCUACGAAGCAAUCCUAAAACAGUUGACAUGAUAUAUUAGGAUUGCUUUAUAAUGUUGCACAGACAUGCGUUGUCUUCAGAGGAUGAAUCCUACUGACUCUUCAUCGAGGGCCAUCCUCGGGUCAAAAUUAAAAUGAGUCUUUGGUUUAUGACCAAAUACCUGCAGAACUGAUGCCAUUCAGUUCAGCCUCGGCUGUACUCUGUGUUUACUGCUAAUCAGCUAAUGUUAACACGCUAAACUGUGAUGGUAACCAUGGUAGACAUUAUAGCUGCUAAACAUCAGCACGUUGCAUGAUACAUGCUGAAGUUAGCGUUUAGUACAGCCAGAGCUUGUCUGGGGAUGUGUGAAUGCUGGCAGCGGCACAGUUCCAUCAUUAGACUGUAGCAUGAUACUGGUACGUGUGAUGGUGUAUGUGUUGAUCCAGAGCUGAUUUGACUAUUUUUAUUUUUUCAUUCACAUUCUGAAGUCAUGCUAUCAGAUGAUGUCUAACCAUACACUCAUGCACUGCACAUUGUUGGGCUGAAUACUGGACACAUCUUCUAUUCUACAAACGUGGUCAGCAUCGCAUUCAAACCUCCACUUUUUGAGGCAUUUCAUUUAAUUUUCCUGCUUUCUUGCUAACUUUCCUAAUAAUGAUUUUGAGCUUUUUUUUCCACACAUACACUGUAAAAAAAAUUAGCUUUUUGAGUUUAUUCUUAAUCAUUAUUUUAUUACUAAAACUGUUCUGUAUUGUACGCUUCUUGUGAAAUUGAUUUGACCUUUUAGUUAUGUUGCAUUUUUAUGAGCUGCAUUCCAAGGCUUAUGUAUAUUGGCUCCUGUUCAUGGAUGGAGACGUCUGCUGAAAAGACCUCAGAAGUCGGGCCUGUUUUCUUAUUCAUGCAAUAAAACGAUGUGCACGUGAAGCAU